GAGGGGAGAGGAGCCCGCGCGUCGCCUCCCCCCCUCCCACCCCACCCCCCACCCCCCAGCGCCACCGGCACCGAGGGCCGCCCACCGAGGGCUGCUCGCCUUUCCCGGCCACCCAGCCCCUGCCCCGGGCCCGCGCAUGAAUCUCCUGGACCCCUUCAUGAAGAUGACCGACGAGCAGGAGAAGGGCCUGUCCGGCGCCCCCAGCCCCACCAUGUCCGACGACUCGGCGGGCUCGCCGUGCCCCUCGGGCUCCGGCUCGGACACGGAGAACACGCGGCCCCAGGAGAACACGUUCCCCAAGGGCGAGCCCGACCUGAAGAAGGAGAGCGAGGAGGACAAGUUCCCCGUGUGCAUCCGCGAGGCGGUCAGCCAGGUGCUCAAAGGCUACGACUGGACGCUGGUGCCCAUGCCCGUGCGCGUCAACGGCUCCAGCAAGAACAAGCCGCACGUCAAGCGGCCCAUGAACGCCUUCAUGGUGUGGGCACAGGCGGCGCGCAGGAAGCUGGCCGACCAGUACCCGCACCUGCACAACGCCGAGCUCAGCAAGACGCUGGGCAAGCUCUGGAGGUUGCUGAACGAGAGCGAGAAGCGGCCGUUUGUGGAGGAGGCGGAGCGGCUGCGCGUGCAGCACAAGAAGGACCACCCGGAUUACAAGUACCAGCCGCGCCGGAGGAAGUCGGUGAAGAACGGGCAGGCGGAGGCCGAGGAGGCCGCCGAGCAGACGCACAUCUCCCCCAAUGCCAUCUUCAAGGCGCUGCAGGCCGACUCGCCGCACUCCUCCUCGGGCAUGAGCGAGGUUCACUCCCCUGGCGAGCACUCGGGGCAAUCCCAGGGUCCCCCGACGCCACCCACCACCCCCAAAACCGACGUGCAGCCGGGCAAGGCUGACCUGAAACGCGAGGGGCGCCCCCUGCCGGAGGGGGGCCGCCAGCCCCCCAUCGACUUCCGCGACGUGGACAUCGGCGAGCUGAGCAGCGACGUCAUCUCCAACAUCGAGACGUUCGACGUGAACGAGUUCGACCAGUACCUGCCGCCCAAUGGGCACCCGGGGGUGCCCACCACGCACGGCCAGGUCACCUACACGGGCAGCUACGGCAUCAGCAGCAGCGCCGCCGCGGCGGCGGCGGCCACCCCGACCGGCCCGGGGGGCCACGUGUGGCUGUCCAAGCAGCAGGCGCCGCCGCCCCCGCAGCAGGCGCCGCCGCCGCCGCAGGCGCCCCCGCCGCCGCAGGGCCCGCCCCCGCCGCCGGGCCCCCCGCCGCCGCCGGGGCCCCCGCAGCCGCAGGCGCCCCCGCCGCCGCCGCCGCCGCCGCCGCAGGCCGCGCCGCAGCCCGCGCCCCCCGCGCACACGCUCACCCCGCUGAGCGCCGAGCCGGGCGCCGCGCAGCGAACGCACAUCAAGACGGAGCAGCUGAGCCCCAGCCACUACAGCGAGCAGCAGCAGCACUCGCCGCAGCAGAUGGCCUACAGCCCCUUCAGCCUCCCGCACUACAGCCCCGCGUACCCGCCCCUCACGCGCGCGCAGUACGACUACGCCGACCCCCAGAACUCGUCCGCCUACUACAGCCACGCGGCCGGCCAGGGCGCGGGCCUCUACCCCACCUUCACCUACAUGAAUCCGGCGCAGCGGCCCAUGUACACGCCCAUCGCCGACACGUCGGGGGUGCCGUCCAUCCCGCAGACGCACAGCCCGCAGCACUGGGAACAGCCCGUCUACACACAGCUCACCCGGCCUUGAGGAUGCGCCGCCGCCCGCCCCCCCCCACC